UCUUUUCUUUUGUAAAAGGGUAUUAUCAAGACUCGAUGGAUCAGUUUCGACAAGUUGGGGAGGCUCUAGGAGGCAUCAGGUCUCUCAUGGUCCUAAAAGAGGAUAUUCAAAUCAAUAGAAAGCAAUGCCUUUUGCUCUACGACAUUUUCAACUUGGCAUACGACACCAUCUCCGACGAGAUUAGACAAAAUCUUAGACUAGAGGAGAAGAAUAUCAAAUGGAAGGCGCUGGAGAAUCCAUUGAAGGAACUCCAUAGAAUAUUCAAAGAAGGAGAGUCCUACAUAAAGUCUUGCCUCGAGAUCAAAGACUGGUGGGGAAAGGCAAUUGCGUUCCAUCAGAACAGGGAAUGCGUCGAAUUACACAUUCACAAUCUCCUCUUUUGCUUCUCUAUUGUCGUAGAUGCCAUCGAAUCAGCAGGGGAGAUUGCCUGCGUCGAUCAGGACGACAUGCAGAAGAGGAGGAUUUUGUUGAUGAAGAAAUACGAGGGCGAUUGGAAUGAUCCCAAGUUGUUUCAAUGGAGAUAUGGGAAAGAAUAUUUAGUCUCCAGAGAAAUCUGCAACCGUUUGGAAAGUUCUUGGAGAGAAGACAGAUGGAUUCUCCUAGAAACAAUUAAGGAGAAGAAGAACUCUACUGUGGUUCCUAAUCAUUCGAAGAACGAGCAAAGACUCGCGGAACUAAUGAUUCACAAACUCAAUGGAAACGAGCCAAAUGGGAAGCUCUUUCCCGGUUCUACCUUAACCGCAACUAAAGAUUACACGGUGAAGCGAAGGUUGGGAUCUGGAGGAAGCCAUUGCAAGGAAAUUCAAUGGUUUGGGGAGAGCUUUGCCUUAAAGAAUUUCUACGGGGAGGUCAACGAAGAUCUACGUAGCGAAAUCUCGAAGGUGUUAUCUCUUUCACAUCCGAAUAUUUUGCAAUACCAUUGCAUCUUCCAUGACGAGGAUAAGAAAGAAGGGUAUCUAGUUAUGGAGGCGAUGAACAAGAGUUUAAGCACUUUCGUGAAGGAGAAUUCAGGACCAAGGAAACGUAUCACGAUCUCUCUUCCAUCCGCGGUUGACAUCAUGCUUCAAGUUGCCAGAGGAAUGGAAUACCUCCAUUCUCAGAAGAUCUACCAUGGCGAUCUGAAUCCAUCAAAUGUACUUCUCAAACCGAGGCAUCCGGCUUCAGAAGGGUAUUUUUACGCGAAAAUCAAUGGGUAUAGAUUGACAAAUUCGAUGAAGUAUAAUUCGAAACGAAAUGUGGCGGCAAACCAAAACACGGAGGAGCCAAUCAUAUGGUAUGCGCCAGAAGUUCUCAAUGAAAUGGAACGCGGUUCUAAAAAGGUUAUUCACAAGUACACUGAGAAAGCAGAUGUGUAUAGCUAUGGAAUGUUAUGCUUUGAAAUUCUAACAGGGAAAGUUCCGUUUGAAGAGGUACACCUUCAAGACGACAAGACCGGAAGAAACAUAAGAGCCGGCGAGAGACCCUUGUUUCCCUUUACUACACCUAAAUUCCUAGUGACUUUGACUAGAAAAUGUUGGCAAGCCGAAUCUUCUAAUCGACCGAGCUUCUCGGCCAUAUGUAGAAUCUUAAGACACAUUAAGAAAUGUCUUGUGAUCAAUCCUGAUCUCGGCCAACCGGAAUCUGCUCCUCCAAUUGUCGAUUAUUGCGAUAUUGAGAUGGGUUAUUCUACGUUGUUCCCGGCAGGAUGGAAACUCGACUUUGCACCGAUUUCGCAAGUUCCAUUUCAGAUGUUCGCUUAUAGGCUCGUCGAGAAAGAGAAAGUGUCGGCAAAUUUGAAUAAAGUAUGGGAUUUAGCUAGAGAUGGACAGUCGGGUUGGGGACCAUCUUCAAUGGAUGGAGGAAACAAUGGUGGUGCGGGUGAAGAUUCAUUCUUUAAAGCUACUGAUCGUAGGUCAGUCUGUUCAGAGAGUCCAACCACUAAGGUUUUGUCGAAACCGAAAGAUCAAAGGUCUGUAUGUUCAGAUACACCUUGGAGGAGAGUCUUAUCGAUGACGGCUGUUGAAAAUAAGUUGGCUUGUUCAGAAUUCUCAUGGAGAAAGAUUAACGAUAACUCAUCAACAGUUGGUUCGAAGAUUGAAAGGAGAAACUCAUUUGCAGGUCCAGCCAUGGUGGAUCAGACGUCAGAGGGUGGCGACGCUGUAGAAAGAAACGAGUCUGAUCUAUUAAUUCCUGGGGAGAAUUCACAUGUAGAAAAUUAUCCACCGUCCGAAAAUAAUAUUGAGACGGGAGAAAAGAACGUGGUUGGAGAGGAAAGUAAAUCACAAAAAGGAACGUUGUCAAGAGCGCUAAGUGAAGCAAAAUUCAGCUCCUUCGGUGACAAGAAAAAAUUCAGAUUGUCAAGAACCAUGAGUGAUCUAAAUAUCGGUUCUUCACCGAAUAUAAAGAAGAAAGAUCAGAUGAUGCCUUCGACAUCUGACUCCAUGGGUUCAUCCGCUAUUUUUGAGAUUCCAGAAAAGAAACCACUAUUGUCGAGUAAAGAAACAGAGAAGAAACCGACUUAUUAUGAAUCCGGUGACAAAAAAUUACUCAUAAAAAGGAAGAAGCUAGAUUCAAGUCUAGGUUAG